CAGCAACCGUUGCGUUUGGGACACAUUUUUUUGGAGAAAUUUCAAUAAUUGAUUUCUAUACAGAGGAAAGUAUUAUUUAAUUUGGCAAAAAAUAGAUUUUUUGCAAUGGCCACACAAAACAAAAAGCCCCUCUCAUCUAAUCAGGAAAUUGACAAAAAAGAUGAAAAUUCUAACAAUACAAUUUCACAUAAUCGCCGUAAUGUGAAACCGGUUGUUUUAUCUUCACAACGUUUUAACAAAAUUAUUAACAAUGCUACCGCAAUGGAUAAAUCAAAGACACGACAAAAAUUCGAUGAAGAAAAGAAAUUGGUUGAACAACUGAAGGAGGAAAAUGAUAAAAUGGUGGCCAAGUUUAAGGGGAACAUGCAAAGAACUCAGGAACAAAAGAUGCAACAAAUCAAAGAUGAUUUGGAAAAGAAAACUAAGGACGCCAAGGAAUCCUUUGAACAAACCAAGGAAAAUGAAGCUCAAAAACGUCGCGAGAAAAUUGCCAAAGCGCAGCAGUUGAUUGAAAAACUAAAACCGGGUCCACGGCAACUGCACACCGCUGUACUGCAAAGUGAGGUGUUACGCGCCCGCAAUGUUCAACGUGAAAUAAAUGAAGAAUUUAAAAAGGCUGUGAUAAAACAGGAACGCGAAGAGAAAAUGUUGUGCCAAGGCCAAGCCAUGUCUUGGAUCAACGAAGAGCAGCAACGUUUAAAGGACAAACAGAAAAAUACAAAUCUCUACAAGGAAGAGCUAUUGCAGACAAUAAACGAAAAUCAAAAAGUGCGUACGGAUCAGAGGAAACAACAGUUGAAGGAACAACUGGCAAGUAGGGAAAUCUAUGAUUCCGAAUUAAAGGCACACCUGGAAAGAGAAAAAGCCCUGAUGGAAAAGAAAAGGGAAGCUCAGCGUAAGAAUGCUUUGGAGGCAAUGAAAAUGGUGGAACAGCGAAGAAUGCGUGACAAACUUACCGAUGAGGUGGAGGAUCGCCUGUGUUGUGUCUACAAUGCAGGCAAACGUCAAUUAGGUGUCCUGCGCAAUGAGCAAAGCAAAAAGAUAUCAGACGACCAACAACAAAAAAUCCAAGAUCAAGUUAAGAAACUAACAGCAAUUGAAGACAAUACCGAGGCUAAGGAGUCGGAGCGGGUACGCCGUGAUAUAUCUACAAUGCAACUAAAAUUUACAGCUGAAGAACAGGAGAAAAUACGCAAGGAUAAAGCUGCCAAAAAGGCUCGCAUUGAAGCCUAUAUGCGAGAAAUGGAACAGCAGAAAGAAGCCAAACGUCGUGCCGAGGAAGAGAAACGUUUCGAAAUGGCACAACGUUUUAAGAACGAAGAGGUUAAUCAGAAGUUUGCCGAGACACAACAACAAGAACGUUUGACAAAAGCCCGGGAGGCACGUGAUUUUCUUAACAAACAGAUUGAGGAGAACCAACGCAAUAAAUUGGCUCAAAAGCAGGCCAAUAGGACAUGUAAUGAAGAAAAAACACAACAGGAAGAUAAAUUCUUCUUUGAAUAUGCACGUAAUCUUAUAGAGGAUGCCCAGCAGAAAGGACGUCCCCUGUAUCCAUUUGCGAAGGCGGUAAAUGAGUAUAAAAAAGAAAAUGAUAUUGAAUGUGAACGUAAAAUACCGAAACAUAUGGAGACACAUAUAAGUAUAGGACGGGCUCAACCCAAUGAGGCAACAUCAAAUGAUAAGGAAAAACCAUCCAAAACUCGGGAAGAAAUUUUACAAAAUUGUUUAAAGAUCAAUGAGAUUCUAACAAAACCAGAACAAGAAAAAGAAAAGACAUCAGAAGUAUCGCAUAAAUAUUUGCCAUGUGAAAAUCAUGAAUCGAAUGGAAAGUUAUUAACCAAAGAUUCCACAAAAAGGGAAUGUUCAGCAGUGUUGCGUUAUAGCAUGGAGGAUUUGAAAAAGCUUAAUCAAUAUGCCGCACCUUCGUGUCAUUAAAAUUCAAUUCUAAUUUAUACUCUUUCAAUUUAUUCUUAUUUUAUUUCAGUAAAAGAAAGAAAUACAGAGUUUCAAACUCAUGUUAUUCAUUUCACACUUUUUGUUAAAUAUGUUUAGAAAAUAUAAAUAUUAUUAAUAA